AUGGAGCCGGUAGGACGCGCUGAGCAUGAGGAACAACCAGUUGCUCAACAUUCUGACGGAUCUUUAACGGGACUGACACGUGUACCAGCAAAACAAGUACCAGAAGAAAGUGAAAAGUCAACGGUAACGUCAACUGCAGAAACACCUAAAGGGGGUUCCCUUGCUUCUCCAACUCAUCCUAGAGGCCCAUCUGGGACUGACGUAAAAGGUGCUGGUAAUAAUACAGAAACAUCGCAGACUGUUGCAUUGGCUCAGUCGCGGGAAGAGACAGUCCCAAACCAGGGAACAAACGUUGAAACUUCAAGGAGUGUAUCCAAGGGUGAUCCAACACCACCUGAUGUUAAGACGCAGGAGCCCAACCCUCAAACGGCACAACCACCACAGGACACUCAACAAAGUGGCAGCACACCCAAUGACACUACCGCAGGUAACACAAAUACGGUUCAUGGGGAAGAAGGAGGUCCACAGUCUCCUCAACCAUCUUCUUCUGCAUCUCCUCAAGCUAAUGGAACUGAGGGUGGUGGGAAUUCCGCAGAUGCAACAACGAAUAACUCAGAGAAUACAGACCCUGCCGCUCCCAAUACACCCAAUAAUGAGGAAUCAACCUCAACCACCACCACCACAACAACAACACUUCCUCCUGAACUCACAAACAAGAAGAAGGGUGAUGCAGACAGCAGCAGCAGUACCAGCAGUUCUGUAUGGGUGCGUGUACCACUACUGAUUGUGGUUACACUGGCCUGUAUUCUUGUGUGCUGA